GAAAUCAACCAAUCAUGCUGGGAAUGAUUUUUCGCGGGAUCUUUCUCAUUGGUAUACUCACCUGGUACAGCACCAACGUGUGGAAAAUGAUCGACGGUUACUUCAGGGAUCAGUUUCGAAGCUACCUGGAGGAGGAGUAUCGCAAGAAUCCGCGAAUGAAGAGCGACCUGCAGGGUCACUUAGCCGAUAAAACGAUUCCCGUUGUUACCACGCCGCAGCCGGAAACGACAGUGGCGCCUGCGCCGGAGAUGAUCGAAACCGAGCACGUGGACACGCCUGCGGUCGAAGUUGCAGAAAAUGAUUCUGCGAUCGAGAAUAAAGAGGUGACAGGUGGCACUAGUGAAAACGAGACCGCAGGGGUAUUCACCGAUAAAAAUGCAUUCCUGGGAACCGCCACGGAAUCCCUAGUGGAAAGUAGGAAGUGGUCCGAGAACGAACAGGAAUCUCAACAAGUAAUUAAUUACGAGGACCGUGGCCUCGAACACCGGGAGAGUGACGAUGAUCAUCAAUCAGUCUCCCACAAGUCUGAGAGCCCGCGAAAGAGAAUUAAAUAUGACAAGCAGCUGAUCGUCCCUAGGGACAUUUUAAGAAGACGAAACGUAAAGACGGUCAUACUGACCGAGAAGGAUUUUAGGUCGGUCAGGAAGAAUCGUCGCGUUUCAAACGAUGAUUUUUGGGAAUUCGAUGAAGAUGCGGAUAAGAAAGAACCGGUGGAAGGUAUUUUGGUUUCUGAGUUACCCUUCAAGCCUAAGGUGGAUAUAGGAAAUUUGGUGAGAGUCACCGCUGAUGAAUAUUGCCCUUUGACUUUGGAGGAUGAAGCUUCUUGCGGUGAAACUUUUAAAUGGGACUGUUAAUUUAUUUAUAUUGAAUAAAUAAAUUUAAAUUUUAUCGUUGGAUUGAAGAUCGCAAGGAACAAAUGAAAUGUUUCCUUCUAGGAGGUAUUAUGUUUAAUAUAUUAUUUAUGUAAAAGACAAUCUAUAAAAGUUUACAUAAAAUAUUUUUAGUAUACUAUAGUUUAUAUCGAAUAAAUAAUAUCUGCGUUUAACUUUAAUAUUUACUUAAUUAACUUCCUCAUUAUCUUUGGUCAUAAUAGACUUAUGAAAAAUAAAAGUUGUAUUAUUUUAACCGUCUUAAUUAUUCACUACUCGCUUUAUUAAAAGCAACUUUUGUACACUGCAGAAGCGUAUAAGGUAAUAAAUAAAUUAAAUUACAGUACCAUAAAGUUUUAUAGACACGUAACGUUCCAAUCAUCAGUCUGUCAAAAUUGCGAAUAAAAUAUGUCAAAUGGCAAAUGAUUUCCCGCUGAGAAAAGUGUUUCAUUUAUUUUCUAAAAUGAGCUGAGGAAGCAUUUUAUGUGUAAGAAUAUAGAGACAUUAUUUAUAGAAACUUUUUCUACGGUUGAAGAAGUCUCGACGGGUUUUAAAAUGUGCCCCAUCACUUCAACUGCAUAUUCGAUGCAACUGUCCGUAAAGAAACUUUCAAACGAUCGGAAUGCAAGGGAACAGUCGCCUCUGUUAACUUGAAUACGAUGAACCAUAUUUUUGAGAAAUUAAUCAUACGUUAAUCACCGAUAAAAGAACAGAAAGAGGGUUCAAUGUUACAACGAUCUGGGUCAAUGCUAAUUGCACUGUUGUCUUACAAUAUUUUAUACAGGAAAAAGUUCUUCAAAGGUAUCAAGGACUCGGAGAAAAAAUAAAAACUCAAGUUUAUAAAAGAGAAAAUAAUCAGCGUCGUAUGAUUAUACGAUGAUCAAAAGGCAGUGAUUAACAACAUAAUUGCCUGUUACAGUAAGAAGCAGCAAAAAAAAGGAACGAAGAGGAACUUUCUACUGGAAGUUUUAAAAAUGUAACACACCGAGUGCAAGUGAAACUUGCAGUCAAAUUAAAAAGACAAAUUUCAUUGAAGAUAAAAUUUCCAAGUAAAAUAAAAAUCAUAAAAGCUGUGGAAUUUAACAAGCACUUUAUUAACGUGUUUCAUGUACAUUUCAGUGAAAAUGAACACACGUGACUGGGACGGUCUGCACGAAUAGGGUCACCGUUCGGAAUGAUGCUGUCCUUUGACCCUGAAAUUCAGGUCUCAUAUAGAGAAAACUAUCGUGAAAGUGAAGAGAAACUGGGAUCUAUGCAUUUCUAUGCAAGUUUACGAUUACCAGGGAAAUUGAAUUGCAAGAAGAGAACGUGUAAAAGUUUCAGUUUCUAUCAUCCUGCUCGUUCGCUGCCAUUCUCUUUCACUCGAUAACUUAUCUAGCUUCCGUGCAUUAUGAUAUUUUUCACGGGUCUGAUGUUACUGUUGUUUGCAAUCGUGUUGGUGACACCGAAUAGUGUCGGGUUAUUUAAAGGUCUUCGCUAUUUCUUUAUUUGAAUUUUUAAUUUAAUUUUAUUCAUUGUACUGCCAACUGGUUGAUGCCAAAAAUGAAUGAGAAAUUAUUCAAUGAGUUGAUUUUGAGAAAGCAAGAUAAAGUAAAAGUAAAGUACUUGCUAUAUGCGACAGAAAUCGAGAGCGAAUUUCUACCGGAAUAACUUGAAUAUUACAUAAUUGCAAUCGCGAACUGACUUUGAAACUAUUACACGCCUAUGUAAUAAGCAAUAUCCACCAACUAAUUAAUGUCAAGUACAAAUUAUAUCUGCGUACGUGUACUGUUACUUAUUCCUUGCUACCUAUCUCUAACACUAUAAAUUUUAUAACGCAAAUAGAGUAAUUUGUUGCAAAAAAGAUUCGUCUAAUUAUAGUAAUAUUUAGAAUUUUCUUAAAUUGUUUGUUUCUUUGUAGCAUUAGUCGGAAAUGACCCCCGCAAUGGCUAACGCGUUGAACAAAAGAUGGAAUAUAAAAUUUGCAAUGUUCUAUUUUCACGUAAAACCGUUCCACAGUCGACAUUGAAAUUAAUGAUUUACUAACGGCCGUCCAAGGCAACGGUUAAUGCAAAUUAGAUCACGAACAACACUGCUAGACGUGAAACGCAAACUCAUUAAGGAAAUUUGCUCGUUAUUAUUCAACGAGGAUAACAAAAGGAUGCAUUUAGUUUUAGAGAUCAUCUUUGAACGCCAAUUAAAGGAAACAGCAACAACCGUAAUUAGGUGGUUAGAUAACAAUCAUUUGUUUUAACUCUUUGAACAUAAAUUACAAGUUUCGUGUAAACGUUGGAUUACACGCAAUAACCGUUUAAUCGCUGUUUAAACUAUUAUUAAUAGAUCGCAAUCUACACUAUUUGAAACUUUUAAAAAAUAAUUAGUUUUGAAUAUUAAUUGGGUUAGGAAUGCAGUUUUCCGUAACACGCGAGUAGAAUGAAAUUAUUACAGUCAAUAUCAUUUCUCGAGUGUAGAAAUAUCUGAUCGCUAGAUAGAAUUAGGUAUAAGAAUGUAUAAUUUAUCAUUGUCAGCUAGCUAGCGCCUGUGAAAAUGUAAUUAAAAAAGGAACUUGUCAUCA